GGCCACUGCCGCAGCUGCUCCCCAGAUAAAAAAGCCAAGCUUUUUCCCUUGGUAUGCCUUCAGCAUGGAUGCUUUUCAAGGGAUUUUAAAAUUCUUCUUCAACCAGAAAACUGUUAUUGGCUACAGCUUCAUGGCUCUGCUGACCCUGGGGAGUGAGCGUCUCUUUUCUGUGGUGGCUUUUAAGUGUCCCUGCAGCACUGAGAACUUGGUCUAUGGGCUGGUUUUCCUGUUUGCUCCUGCUUGGGUGUUGCUGAUUCUGGGAUUCUUUCUGAACAGCAAGUUUUGGAGGCUCUUCACAGGCUGCUGCGUGAAUCCCAGGAACAUCUUCUCCAAAGGCCACAGUUGCCGCUUUGUCUAUGUCCUCGGCCAGAUCGCUCUGAGUUCAUUGGUGGCUCCGACGAUGUGGCUUUCUGUGGCUCUGCUCAACGGGACGUUUUAUGAAUGUGCCAUGAGCGGGACCAAAAGUUCCAGACUCCUGGGACUGAUUUGUAAGGGCAAACCCCAAGAGUGCUGGGAUGAACUUCACAAAGUCUCUUGUGGCAAAACCAGCAUGACUGCCGCGGACAACGAAGAAGUGAAGCUGUCCCUUCAAGCCCAGUCUCAGAUUCUAGGUUGGUUCAUCAUUUGCUCGGCAUCUUUCUUCUCUCUGCUCACCACUUGUUGUGCUCGCUGCCGAUCUCAAGUUAGCUACCUUCAGCUGAGUUUUUGGAAGACGUAUGCACAAAAGGAGAAGGAGCAGUUGGAAAAUACAUUCCUGGAGUACGCCAACAAGCUGAGUGAGAGAAACGUGAAAUGCUUUUUUGAAAAAAAGAGGCCAGAUGUCUUCCCCAUGCCCACCUUUGCAGCCUGGGAGGCGGCUUCCAAGCUCCAUUCUUUCCACCAAAGCCAGCAGCAUUACAGCACCCUGCAUAGGGUGGUGGAGGAUGGCCUGGACCUUGGCCCUGAGGACGAUGAGACCACAAUGGUGCUUGUGGGUACUGCCCACAGCGUGUAGCGCAUCCACGGCCGCGGACUCGUGGCGUUCAGCGGUACACUCAUUCUGAUAUUUUUGCUGCAUCACUAGUGACCACUGCGUCUCUGUGUUUUCUCACGGUAUUUCCUUGAGGACAAGAACCUGAAGGGAAGAGAUUUGCAGCUCCCAAGGGCAGGCAGUGUCCGGAUGUGCUGAAAUGGAUGCAGUGUGUGUGGUCAAGGAUGGUGAGGAAGGUGCUCUUCCACUGAUGCGACUUGGGGUUCAGUGGCUUCAGGUUCUUCUGUUUUCUUUUCUUUUCUUCUUUUUUUUUUAAAUAAAUUUUGUUUAUUCAUUUGAGAGAGAAAGAGAGA